AUGGACAAUAUAGAGGAUAUCCUGGCAGUCCACUCAAUGCUGCAUCUGAUCUUUCAUCGCAAUAAGAAUCAGCAUCGUCGAACUAAAUGGUGGAAAUGGCUAUCCAUCUUGAAACGCGCCACCUUGGACCUCGCCCGAUCGGGGGUAAAAUCCCACCUGGUCACUAUAAUCCCAAGAUGUUACAUCGCCUUUUCAACUGUCGUUGCCGAUAACCAGUUCUCUACCCUUGGAAUCGUGCUGUUGGCUGCGUUGGCGCGAUUAAAUAAAAUCACCGGAAUCAGUCAGCUGAAGAUGCAACCUGUGACAAGCAAGUCCAAGAUUAUUCCUGUCGCAAAAGAAGAUAUUGGGGAGCGUAUUCUUCGGAUUGACAAUGCGCCACUCACUCCGGUCAAGGUUUCCCAGUCUGAUUCCAAGAUCUCCAAGGCCUCCAAAGCGAAGCCCACGGAAAAGUUUACAGAGGAUGGUGUUUCAAAGAGUACAUCGAAAAAGAAGAAGAAGAAGAAGAACGCUAUCGAUGAUCUAUUUAGCGGUUUAUUUUGA